AUGACCGCUGUGUCAGUUACGGCGAUUCCUAAUGCUGACAAGCGUUACGAGCCUUACUACUAUAAGAAACAUACAUAUCAUAAUUAUGGUUAUAAUUAUUACAAGCGUGAUCCGGAACCCAAUGCUGAAGCGGAUGCCAAUUACUACGGAUACGAUGACUAUUAUAAGAAACAUCAUCACAAUUAUGGUUAUUACAAACGCGAAGCCGAGCCUGAACCUAAUGCUGAUGCGGAAGCCAAUUACUACGGAUACGAUGAUUAUUAUAAGAAACAUCAUCACAAUUAUGGUUAUUACAAGCGCGAAGCCAAGCCUGAACCUAAUGCUGACGCGGAAGCCAAUUACUACGGAUACGAUGACUAUUAUAAGAAACAUCAUCACAAUUAUGCCGAACCUGAACCUAAUGCUGAUGCGGAACCCUAUUAUGAGUAUUAUAAACAUAAAUAUCAUGGUUAUGGCUAUUACUAA